AUGGAUAAGGCGUCGCCCUCUGGAGGCGAAGACUGCAGAGGUGAAUAUUAUGAUCUAUGCUAUCAUUUGCCAGAGAAUGGUUUAGUGCGUGGCAGAAGAAUGAACUGUGACAGUUUGUCGAUUAUGAAGGACUUGAAUUUGCUGGAUGAUAAUAUGAAUAGUAUACAAUUUGUGGAUUUGCAACGCGAAGCAAUGCCGCAACCGGUGUUUGUGACUGCGUUUAGCAGUAAUCAUUUUGAUGAGGGCAAACGACUGAUAUCAGCAAUCCGAAGUGUCCUGCCCAAUCAGCUCAUAUUAGUGUACGAUUUGGGUUUGACGACGGAACAAGCUGAAUUCAUUCAGGAAUUAUGCUAUGUGAAGUAUCAACGAUUCAAUUUUAGUAAAUAUCCCCCGUAUGUGCUGUGUGCGCUUGAAGAAGAAUGUAUGGGUGGAAAUUACAAUCUUCAAUGUUCAUUCGAUGCAGAUCGUUACGGGUCAUACGCGAACUGUCACCGAUACGAUCAAUCAAUUAUCAACAUUCUGCUGGCAAAUCAAUAUUUUUAUGACGCUCACUAUUAUGCAUCCGAGAUUACGGAUCAUUUCGAUUUUCAGCGAUUCGUGUCUGAAUACACUGCAAACUUCACCUGUGGUUAA